AUGGAGAUCGCACUAUACAACCACCUAGCGUUACCGCUGCGCGUUCCGCCGUCUGAAGAUGGCAAUCUGAGUGAUCUUGAAAUUCAGUUGACCGAUCACUUGAUCAGCAAUGUGCGCAUUAUGUGCCAAGCGUUUCGACAGCCGUACCAACCUGGCGCUCAUCCAUCCGCGAUUUCCAAGGUCUGGGAGUAUAUUCGCUUGUGCCUCGAAUCGUCCAAGACUGUUAAUCGGAACGGACGAGUCAACAGAACGACUCUGCUGUCGGAGUUUCGUCAUCUAGCCCAAGGAAAUGCCGUGAUCCUUCACAUCAGCAGUCAAAAUGCCGCUCUUUUGGUCCACCGACUCGGAGUCCGCGACGAGGUUGUCUUUGAAGUCUUCGAAACCUCGCCAAGAAAUGACGAUGUCCUCGCCGCCGAGAACGCCUUGCAGUGGGACUUUCCAGGAAGCGCUGUUGCCAUCCCGCUGGCGACCUUUGAAGAUGGAGCAUUUCAGGGCAGCCUGGCGACCUUUUUGGAGCAAGCAUCUCUCGAGUCGACAAAGAUGUUUGCUGCUCAUACUUUCAAAGCAGGAGCUGACAUCCACGAGUAUCGAGACACGUCGAGUCCAACCAUGAUCAGCUCCAUGUUGAUGGCCGUCCUGGAAGAGAACGGCCGCCGAAUCUCGACACCUCUUCUCCGCAAGCGAGUUCGUGACGACAUCUCUUGGCAUCAAGCGCGCAAGCCCUGGCGCCGGCUCCCAUACUGGCUCGUCCUCAGAGUCUCCAUCGCUCGAUAUCUUUCGCUCGUUUUGGGGGCAGAGAUGGGCCGAAUCAACAAGAUCAUUGAUGAUGCCACCAGGCGCGUGGCUACCGAGUGGGAGGCGUUCAAAAAGGCCCAUGCAAGGCCCAUUCCCGAGUUGCCAAAGAGGGCCAGCCCCGCCGACCUGAACCUACCAUUGGAACUCAGCGGCAGCAUGUUGCGGGACCUACAGACGAACUGGGGAAAGACGACGAGGGGGCAUUGCCGCAGAUGGGUGGCCCCGGAACACUUUGAUCUGGGUUCUGUUACGAACAAGCAUCUGAGCGAAUUUGCGCAGCCCUUAUUCCACGUUACCCAGCAAGAGAUGCUUCUUCAAGAUUGCUCGCCAAAUGAGUCGUUGAUAACCUAUCUCCAGACCGCACUUCCCCUAUUUCACGGCAAUCCCGAGCAACUCAGUAUCCUCAUUCUCAAUGCAAUGGAAAUGUGGAUGAGACUUGACCAAACGACCUGCUUCCAGUUCCCCCUUUUGACAGACUACCAUCCUGUCUUCACACCCGAGUCGCUCAAUGUCUUGCAUUUGGCCACCUACAAAGAUAUGGUCCGCCUGCAAGCCGUCCAGAAGCAUAUUUCACAGAGAAUCCACGCAAGUUCUCUUCCCAGAUGCACCAUAUUCGAUGAUCCUUCUUCCAGCUGUUUUGCAGCGAGAUAUUUCGACGGCAUGCAUCCCGACUCUGUUGCCAUGCGUAACUCGUAUGCAGAUAUCACCCAUGCAGAUGUUUUAAGGAAAGAAUUGAAACGCAAAGAGUGGGAAAAGAAGACUGAGGAGUUCCAGAGCCUGACUCGGCAGGUUGAUGGAAGCUCAUGCAUCCUCAUCGUGGACGAAGACGACCCCCUUGGACGUAGCUUCCACGAUGACCAUUACUGCCCGCGGUGUCGAGCAAUGCACAAGCUGGAGAAGAUACGGAUCCAGAUCUACGAGGAAUCUCUCCCCUCUGAUAUUCACCUUGCCAAAGCCGCAGUGUUUGAGCUCCGGUGCCCCCCAGCCUUCGCGAACUAUCGUGACACAACGUUGAUGCUUAUAUCCAAGCUUGCAAGCCCGGAGGUUGCUGUGGGUGUGGCUCCAAAAUGCCUGCUGAAUGGCUACUCUCAGCUCCAUACCGUCGCAAACAUCUAUCCCAAGUUCACUCUGGCAUCUUUGACAAAAUCAUAUUUCCCGUCGAGUGGGAAGGUGGACGAGACGGGCUGUGCAAGCCCAACGGGCUGA